CUGCUGGAGGUGUAAUGGAUGUUAACACCGCCCUGCAAGAAGUGCUGAAGACCGCACUCAUCCAUGAUGGCCUCGCUCGUGGGAUUCGGGAAGCAGCCAAAGCCCUGGACAAACGCCAAGCCCAUCUCUGUGUUCUGGCCUCAAAUUGUGAUGAGCCUAUGUACGUAAAGUUAGUUGAAGCACUUUGUGCAGAACACCAGAUUAACCUAAUAAAGGUUGAUGACAACAAAAAACUGGGCGAAUGGGUGGGUCUCUGCAAGAUCGACAGAGAAGGAAAACCUCGCAAGGUGGUGGGCUGCAGCUGUGUGGUUGUCAAAGACUAUGGCAAGGAAUCUCAGGCCAAAGAUGUCAUYGAAGAGUACUUCAAGUGCAAGAAAUGAAUUGAGAAAUAAAUAUUGAGCCUGAUGUUGUGUGUGUGUGUGUUUGAUAGGUGGGUAACUGUGCAACAAAACCUUGAAUUGCAAGAGUAGUAAGUUGAAAGGAGUUUUUUUUAGGUCUGGAGUUCUUCUGUGCUGUCCGCUUCCUGAGAARGUAAUGGUGUGUCUCUGCAAUUCCUAAAAUUUUGCUGUUUCCCUCUUCCUAUCCAAAGACUAACAGUGGAAGUCUGCACAGCUUUGGAAACGUGGAAGUGCUGGAGUGCCUUUGCUUGCCCCUGGCAGGGCAGUGUUCAGGUUACACUGYUUCAGUGAUUUCCAGGUAACAUGUUGGGGAAAUCUGAAGUACUGCUGCAUCUGUGAUGAGAAUUUGGCUCCCUCUACYGAAACAAGUGAGGAAAACUGCCUGAAUCGUUACCCAAAUCUUCUGAGAUGCUGCAGUAAUUCCUUAAAUGCUGAGRAUUUAUGACUGUGGAUUUUCUUCACUCAUGUUUGCAUAUUUUUCACCUUUUCUGCAAAGUGGAGCAGCUGGAGCGGUAAGGAGUUCUUCAAUCCUGAUAAAUGGGACACAGGUUAUGAAGAACAGGGGCUGGGACCCUGCAAGCUGAGGAGUUAGGAAUACGCAUCAGGCCCUAGAGCUCCGAUUUUAUUCAUGUUUAUGUAACCCCUCUACUGAGACCCCUGAUCACACAUGUAUUGGUAUGGGGGGGUGGGCUCUUGCCCAGGGAUUGGGGGCAGUUCCCUACAGCUCUCAGAUAUUUGACCCUGUGACUCCCAUCUAGAAAGUGCUCACCAGGACUGACGUACAUUUGCUGCUGACAUGUAUUUGGUUGUGGAAUCAACAUUUAUUAUUUUGGGACUUCAGCUAAUACAGUUUUGCUAGAUUUUUCAGUAGAGAUUUUAGGCAAUUAUGCUUUAAAUCCCGUUGAUCGGGUAUUAUGGAUAAAAGGGCCCGUAUUAUAGAUGGAUGGAAGUUCUCACAAAUUGCAAAUUUUACCAGUUUCUCUUCAGAGAUUUUUUUUCAGUAGAGAUGACAAAGGUUUCAUAGAUAGUAUUGCAGUUGCAGAAAUUUUGCCAAGUUUACAAGAGUUUCCUAAAUGCUGAAAAUGAAAAUAAAUAUUAAAUGGAGUUUAAAGCCUCUGGAAAAACUUUCUCAGUUCAUUGUGGUUAAUAAGCUUAAAUAUUUUGCUCCUGUACAUAAAAAUGUAUCAAAAUACACCUACCCUCUCCAGCAGCAUCUUCUAAGAGUUUUGGUUCCCAUUUGAAAACGCUUAAGCAUGUGUGCUUUAUUUUUUAAUAAGGCUGUUUGCAAAGGCAUUGUAGAAAAAAAAAAUCUGUGUGAUUAGGGAACAGUCUGCUAACAUUUAUGGCUCUUUGACUCCCUGUUCUAGCACAGCUAAAUUCACACAAGAAAAUGGGUUCUGAAACUGGAGCCUGGUAGGUACAUGGGCUUAACCUCAAUACACCUGAGAUUUAAAUUUGGUUCUUCCUGUCCUUUGUGGCUGCUGAUGCAACCUUGAUAGUCCYAGGAUUAGUUGUCAACUCUGCUGCUAAUGGGCCGAAAGAACAGGCUGUCUUCGUGCCUUGCCAGGGGGUGGGCACUGGAUUUGGGGUGUAAACUGUAGCAUAAGCUGCCUGUGCUGAAGUCGGAGCCAUUGGUAAGUGGCUCCCCCACCUUCAUUGGGAAUAUUCUUGUGCCUGGAAUCUGUUGCAUCCAGCUGGUGUGAUGGGAGCCAGAAGAGCUGCUGGAUGGGAAAGCAUCUUGGAGAAAUAUUACUGAUGGGRAGAUGUUAAGAGUCACUUYGUGUUUGUUUUUUGUUGUUUGUUUUUAUACRCUURGUUAAUUUGAGUGACUCUUCACAGGUGCAUAAGAGGUCCUGGUCAGGAGAGCUUCCAGUUGCUGUGCUGCAAGUAUAAGUUGGAGGCUCCUGUAGUACUCAUUGGAAAACUGAUUUUAAAAUGAAGCAACUGAUCAUAACCUGUUCUAAAUUUGGGUGCCCAGUCUGAUUGCAGGGAAAUGACUUGAUAACUUUACGUGGCAAAAGGUAAAUGGGGGAAAAAGAGCUUUGCUGCUUCGGUCGACCAUUUUUUUCUCUUUUAAAGCAGUUGUGAAAAUAGUGAUAUUUACAUACACAAUCUGAACUUCUAAUUUUCAACUACAAGAAUUCAUAGUAGCCAUCACUAUUUUAUUUUGCAUAAGUUCCUCCACAAGAACAUAGUGCUUCAUGCUUUGCAGUUAGGCUUCACUGUUAGUGGCGAGAGCAGGACUCACCUGAGCCCUCAGUCCCCUGAACUCAUGUUCCAUCCUCUGCGGGAAGUGGAGAGCUGUUUCUGGAUAAAGAUUAGAGGAAAAAGGAACCCAUGGAGAUGGUAGUUUUCAGAACUAAGACCAUCUUUGGGUAUGUGGAAACUGAAUUAGCUUGUGAAGUAGCUUGUGAUUUGGCUGAAACAUAGGACUUCAACAAAAAUGACAAAAGGGAGAGGGACAGCAGAACAUCUUAUACRCUUGACUGCAAAGAGAGACAAAGAAAUGGGGUGCACAUUCAUGACUUAACAGGUCGACAGAUAAAGUGAAUCUUGCCUCCAUGAUUAAGAAAUUAAAUUUGUUCAAAGCAGUAAGGUUUGAAUAGAAGUUGUAUUGUUUUAGCAAGGUCAAACACUACAUCUGAGACUUCCUGUUAGAAUGAGUCUACCCUUCUAGCUGAGACUUAAUUUAGUUAAAGCUGGACACAAAAUGAAAAAAUUCAGCUGGUACAAUUUACACCUCAUCUAGUCUGAUGGUCUUGUUAGUGUGAAGUGCUUCAAUACCAACCCACCCUCCUUAAUAAAUUAGCUGGGACUGUUUCAUAAUUUGAUAGUAGAAGAAAAAAGGUGAGAAAAUUUGUAGAAAAGAAGCUCACAUGUUCACAGGGAUGUUAACUGAGAUAAUCAUCCUAGGAAAGUAAAAGGAGAACAAAYUUCCCCAAACUCAGCAUAAAAUAGAACUUAGCCUUUUUUUCCCCCCUUUAUAAUUAAAUUCUACUAAACUGAUUAAGUUUUACAUACUUUCAUCUCUCUGACCUCCAYUUGGAAGUCUGCUCUAUCUUUUCAUCUAUUCAGUGCUUCAAGCCGUGUCCUUUCACCUUUCCUUGAUGUGUCUUGAUAAAGAAAAUAUUGAAAGUGAUAGGGUGCAUUCCGCAAACAACUCUGGGAUUGUGGCAGUACGUAUCCUGUCUGUGAGAGUUUCAGUAACGAAGUAAAGUUGUAAAAGUGUAUGGGCAACAUGUGAAAGUGUCCRUCAAGAGACAAGAUACAUAGCAGUGUGAGAAGAGAUUUUUCUGAUUCUUGGUAUAUUUGUAAGUCCUGCAGAGGAAGACUUUUGGGAAGUCAGAUACAUUGUAUAAGAGAAAGUUGAUGCUCCGCRAGCUGUUCACCUUGGUAUUCCUAAACCUGGAAAAGCUUACAGUAUGAUUAGUUUCAUUUGAUUAUGUUAGAAUAAUACAGUAGGACCAAAUUCAGAUUGACAUAAAAAUGUAGAUCAGAUGUGCAUAUUCUGUGGAUAGGUAUACUGCUUUUUGUUUGUUUUGAUUCUGUCUUUUUUUUUUUUGAGCAGUGGAAUUCCUUUUAUAUAUAGUUUCAUAGCCACAUAGAGGAACCACACACUGAAUUUAUAGUUGUCUAAUGGUAAGAAUUAUUAACACUGCAAGUUGAUAAAUUCAACCAAGUCAUUUGACUCACUCAUCAUUGGAAAUAUAUCCUGAAGGAGUGGUCURUGUUUUCCAAACAAUAGCAAUUUGGGAAGUAAGGUCAGCACAGUCUAGCCAUUGAACUUUACAGAAUAUUUUGAUUCAAUUAAUAUGAUUUAAACUGUUUUCACUCUUCAGAGAAUAGUUUACAUCUUCAUUAGCAGGAUAGUGUCUGUAUUGUGUGUAUCCAGUGGAAUAUUCAUCUCAAGUACAGUCUAGGCAAAGUGCAUCAACACACCUCUGACACAGUUAAAUUACUGGGAAUUUUGCCAUGGGCUUGAAUGGGCUAGUACAUGAGCUGAUGGGACGACCCUGAUUUAGAAAAAUUCUCACUGUUGAGAAUUAAGUAUACUUGCUGUCUCCCAAGAUAGUAAUUGUGAAAUCCUGCUUGAAUAAUAGAACUGGUAUAUGUGAGGGAGGUUGCUUACAAAUGCUCAGAGAUGCAAUGAGAUAUUCUUACUCAUUGGACCUGGUGAGUUACUCAGCUACAGUAACACAUUCACAGAAAGACUGUCAGUAUUUAAAGGAAUUAGAUCCAUUUUUUUAAUGAAUGUUUGGAAAGGUAAACAUUUUUUUAAUGAAUGUUUGGAAAGGUAAACUAUGGAUAGACAAAAAGUAAGUACCCUUUUUUUUUAGUGCAUAAUCUUGAAUUAUGUUUUACAUUUCUUGGGUUAGGUAUUGAAGGAGUCUUGUUCAUUUUUGAAGCAGUUUGAUGAAGCUUUUGAGGUCUAUGAUUAUUUGAAAUGCCAUGUGUUAGGUGGAAGCUGUCUAACUGCUUUCUAUCAGAAAGAUGCUUUCAGUUCACCUCUUAAAAUGAAUGUUAAAAUAUAUAAGUUCCUUUUUGUUGGCAUUUGAAGUGGUGAGCAAUUAACUCCUUAAAAAAUUUUAAAUAAUAAUYAACAUUCAGAGAUUCUCAGCAUUCUUUUUUCCAAGAUUUUCAUACAUAUAUUUCGCAGUGAAGUCUUCAGUGGAACUACUUUAAUAAUAGCUGGAUUAUGUGUUUCCUGUUSAUCAUCAUCACCAUCACAUAUAUGACUUAGGAAAAGGUAUUCAAAUAAAGAGAGCCAUAUACCACAAUAGUAAAUUUGUUAGUGUUUCUUUUGUAAUUGUUGAAUGAUACACUAAUGCAAUUUCAGGGCUAUARUUUUUAAAAUAAACUACCUGAUCAUUUUACACUGGUAUGAAUAUUAAUACUAGGGAAUGACAAUUCUAUUUUCAUGUCAAGAUUGCUUCAGUGGAUUGAAACCAAUGCUUCUUAAAUAGCUUUUCCAGAAAGAGUUGGCUUGACAUCUUGAUUUUAUGACCAAAACGAUUAGGUUUCAAAUUAGGGUUUUGUAAUGUGACUCUAAAAUCCAUGCAGCAUCAGCAAGGGAGAAUUGAAUAGGACUUCAAACAUUUUAUACUGCCUGUAGUGUUAGCUCUUUUUUUUUUCUUUUUUUCCUCUUUUUCACUCUCUGUGAGUGAAAUUCCAUACAAGCUUUGUUUUACCCAAACCUACCUUCCAAAAAAUAGUGUUUGAAUCCAAAUUGGCUAAGCAGCAUGAGUUGUCACURUUUCCUCUUGCAUGCUGCAAGACAGUUAGCUUAUCUGCCCUMUCAGACUUCUAGAUUAAGUAGAUCCAGUUUCUUUACAUUUUUUUUCUCAUAGAAUUUUUAAGAUUUUCUGUAAAACAAUGAAAAUGGCAAGGCUCUCUUAUUCCAUGCUUAUUUUAGUUAAGUAGUGAGUGCGAGUGCUCCUAAUGUAUGGUGGGAGCCUGAGUGCUCACUUAAAAAGUCAUUUGUUGCAGGGACAGCUCAUGCAUAUAUGUAUUUCCCAGUGCAAUAYUGCUGAUAGCUAUUGCAGUAGCACAAAUGCCAGGGGAUCAGAGCCUGUCAGCACAGAUGCUGCAGAAGCACUUCURCUGUUCCUUCAGAGAACAUUGGUUUUAUGCAUAGUUACUGAGAUAAAAGUAUAUAUUUCUGCCUUAUUUAAUGCAAAAACUAUGUUAUAGCUGGUUACCRCUAACCUGACAUAACAACUAACCUGACGUAACAGAAAGAUACUUAGUAAUACAACACAUUAUUUUAACACUCUUAAAAAUAAGCACAAUCAUCUAGUUGAUGCUUUUGAUUCAGUUUUCUGCACUGUUCCAGUGUGAAUCAGUGCCCUUAUGUCCAUUUUACUCCAUUUAAGGAGUAAGGAUGCUGCAAAUGCUGUUCCCCAAAACRUGCCUCCUUUUCUGACGACUUCAUGCAGAUCUCAUCCGCUGCUGUAAAGCAGCUCUGAGUAUACAUCCAUUUGUCAAACUUGCCUUCGCCUUUAAAGAGGUAAUAGGGAUUUGAAAUAACCCUAAAUAAGUAAYAGAAAUUCUCAAUAGGAUUUUUACUUUCGUGUUGGGCCGUUGAAAUGUAUAUU